GCUAGCUGCAGGACUUACCGAGUGAUAUUUCUGUGCCUGUUAGGCUGAAAGACAGAACAGGUGAUUCUAACGGCCUCUUCCAUGGUCCCAGGAGCAAUCAUACUAUUCUUCCUAAUUUAGUGCUGUCUGUAACCGUAGCCAGAGCUGAACACUAGGGAAUAUGCAGCUGUUGGUAUGACCUACAGCAAGGAAUGGACAUUCCUUUUCUGUUUGUCCUAAAACAGGGCUGCUGGAAGCCUUGUCUAGCUAGUAUGGUUGUGCUGUUGUCCUGCAGGUUAGCAACAGGAUUAACCAAGAAGUUAUAUCUUUUGUUGGUGCCUAGGUAGGAGUCAGCCUCCCAUCUGUUAGUAGCUUGAAUAUAUCUGCCUUAACGGACAAAAAGGACACUGAGCUCCCUAUGGAAGGAGUGAGUGGACACGUGGGUUUUGUGGGAAUGAGCAAUAAAUAGGUGAAAAGCUAUAGAGUCCUCAAUAGUGUGGAGACCCCAGGGUAUUUCCCUUCCCACUGAGAUAAAAGUCAUUCAGCAUGAGGUAGGAGAGUCAUUGCUUGGUGGGAUGAAUGCCAGAAUCACUCACUACUAAUAGACAGAAAGAAGCAUCCCUAAGCUGUUUCCUUUUUGCUGCCAGACUUCAUUAAGUUUUGAAGGCCAGUAAGAGGAGGCUAGUGGGCAGAGGAAGAUGUGGGCAGUUCCCUGGUGGCCCUGUACGUUCCAUCACCAACCUCAAAUAAUAAUCUUUGCUUGAUCUUUGCUACUCAUUGUGGGUUUUUAAGCACGCUAUUGAACUAGCCAGCAUUUUCUUCUAUAUUUUUUUCUUUCUUUAAGGUUAUAACUUUUAUUUAAGGUUCUUUUCCUCCAACUGGUCUCCAACUGCCUGAAGGACUGCUUGAUACUGUUUACUGAUGGGAUCAGUAUAUAUCAUCAAUCCUUUGCUUUCAUGAACCCAGGAGCCUCUCAGAAUUAGAGAUGAUAUUUUCUGAGUGCAAGCAAAGUUCACAACAGAACUCCUCUAGAAAUAGGACAGAGGGAGACAACGCAUGUCCAAAUAUUGAGGACCAUGACUGCAAAUGUCGUCAGGGAUACAGCUGUAUUGAUAGUGCAUGUCUCUACUGCAAAAAACUGCCUGAAUGUGCGGAGGGCGAGGAGCUGAUUAAGAUUGGCAUUUUCGACUUCACAUUCAAAUGUAAACCGUGUGAGAUAGGAACCUAUUCUAAUGCGAAGAAUGGCUGGUGCCGUAACUGGACUGACUGUGAAAGUUCUGGGUUUCUAACAAUCAAGCAAGGCAACAGUACACAUAAUACAGUAUGUGGUUUCUCUGCUAAAGGUUUGGAGCAAGCUCCUACUACAAAUUACUCUCUAUACACCACCAUCCUGGCCAUCCUUACUGCAGUGGCUGUAUUUGUUCUCAUCUUGCUGACCUUCUUCUUGCAUUUGUGCAUAUGGUCACUGAAGAAAGAAAAAUACCACACAGCUGACUAUCUGGAACGUAACUUCCCUAGGCUGCCGGUGGCUCCGCAACUGUCACACCAUAGAGAAGAGACUUACAGCUGCCAGUUUCCAGAAGAAGAACAUGGAGACAAAACACCAGAAGAAAAGCCUUGCUAUUUCCACCCUCAGAGUCUACAAUGAAAACAGAUGAAUUGCAAUGUGCUGUGAGAAUGGGGAGCUGAGCUCAGGUUUUGAAAAAAAAGAAGGGAGGGCCUGGCUGCGUAAAGCAUCGUCAUAUACAUAGCAAUAAGGAAUGGGUCUGGGGGGAGUUUUGCUUUUGUUUCUUCUCAACAAACCUAGCAUUUAGAAACAGAACAACUGCUAAGUCAGGCUGAUGUUCAUUUCAGCUGCAUUGCAUUAUUGCAAGUUUCCUGGGUGGUUGGGUGUUUUUUUCAUUGAUGCUCUUUUCAACUUUGGGACCAGGGACCUUUUUUGUUAUUAUUCCCCCUUGCAUCUUUUGCACAUAUCUCUGUAGUGCUCCCACAGAUUGAUAUGCACAUAGAAGGCAUCAAUCCCUUCAGUGCUACAGGAAAUACAGUAGUACCUAUAGGGCACUCGCAGCUUUCAUAGGCUAUCUGUAUUUCCAAGAUAUGUCCUGAUGGUCAUAUUAUGGGAAUAAGGCAAUAACACAUUGUGCCUAGGAACCAUAUCUACUAAUCUUCUCCAAGCAGACAGUGCUUUUCACUCCUGCCAAAUUGCCCUCUUUGUUAUGCAGCAAAGGGCCAUUACUCUAAUCCAUUAAAUACUCCUCUCUCCAAUCCCAACAGAAGGUUGUGGUUAGGCCAGUUUCAGUGCACAGAGGUGCCAGUGUGAGACUGCCAUGGUCACAUCAUUUGUGCUUGCAGAGAUUUUUCUAUGCAAGUUCUGUGAUCCCCUUAUCUCCCCCAGGGAAACUAGGGGAAGAAGGGAGUAACAUUUAUCCUCCUUCUUUUCUGUAACUCGGCAAUCCUUGUUAUCUGGAAUACCGGAUUACAAAAGGGAGACUUCUGAAAGGCUCAAAUGAGGAUCACGCUGUCUAGAGAAACAUUUGGUUUAAUGCUGUCUUCUCACCUAGUUUGUAGAGUAGGAAAAGACAGUGAAAAACAGAGAAAAGCCCAACAUUUAUUCUUGAUGGUUUUUUUCCCCACCCCAGAAGAAAAAGAACCAGAGCGUCUGCUGGUGUAUACCAGCAUAGCUCCAGUCACUUGAUCAUCAGCUGAAAGAUGUUGCCCUUACUGAAAAUUGUACCAUGGAGGAUUUUUUUUUAAUGUUAGAUUAGUGCUCCUCCCGUUUCAUAGUGCUCUAACAUGACUAGAAUAAACUGUUUUGCCUCAAUUUAAAGGGGCAGGAUUUCAGCUGGAGUUGGUUGCUUUCUGUGACUUGACACUGAUUUCAAAUAAGAAUCUAGCCUGUGGCUUCAACUAGUUAAAACUCCCGUGUCUUUUUUAUAUAAUUAUUUUUGUGUUAUGUGACUGCAAUAAUAGAUUCAAAGCUCUGGAUGCCUUCUGGUUUGGCCUUCUGGUGAAAGCUGCUUGGAGUAGACUCCUUUAUGACCAAAUCAGCUCCGAGCAAAACUGAGUUUUGACUCAGCCUUCACAUGAAAGGUUGUAAAUAUCUCACAGAACAGCCAUUACAUCAGUUUCUUCAUGAUUUCUCACAAAUAACAUAAACAGUACAGGGCUUCUAAAUUAAAUCCUAACAGAAUAAUGAUAUUUCAGUUAAUCACCUUACUAAAUUCUCAGAGGGGAUUAUUCCAAGUCUGAAUGACGUGCUGUUUUCAGUAGGGCUCUGUGAAAUUAGAAUAGCUGUGGAGCAGAAGUUAUUGCCUCCACAGAUGUGUGUUGCAAAAGCACUUGAACAGAGAAUCCUAAGAAGUGGGACAGGUGAUUACCUUGGUAAGCUAGUCACAUAGCCUCUGUGCUCCAAGGCAGGCUUGGUGAGACUGGAUAACCACCUACCUGUUAGACUUUCAUGGAGGUGAGUCCAUGACCUGUCUAGGCAAUCCAGUCCAGUGACUCAUUUCAAGUCAGAGAAGGAGAGAGAUUUUGUUAGUUAAAAUUUGUAUUUUCUGUUAUGAUUAUGAGGAAGAAUUGACUCUUCAGCAUCUUUUUAAGCAUUCAUAAACUAUCAUCUCUCCUUGGUUUCUCUAGGCUCUUACCCUACUUCACAGGUUGAGGUUUCUAGACCUCUUAGUCUCUCUCUCUCUAAACUCUUUCCAGUUGGUCUUUUCUUGAAGCCUUCCCUGGAGGAGUUCUUGGCAAGCUUGACUAGUGCUGAAGGAUUAACUUUAUGAUUCGUGGACAUGGUUUUAUUGCUGAACAUUUCUUCAGUGAUUAUGUCAAGAGGAGUUAUCCUAUCUUUUUUGCUUUUUGUGUGUGUGUGCAUUAUAGAAUCUUGUAACUGGGUGAAAUAAUUGUUAAAGGAAAAUGAAGUCCAAAGGGUUGUCCUUAUUCACUGUAAUGUACUCCUCCAUAGUCCUAGUUUUAAUCUUCUAGCUUCUCUGUUACUGUGUUUACUGCAACUGAGAUUCCUAUAUCUUAGCUUCCCCUUCAUGUAGAAUGGGAACAGUGAUACUUUGCAACCCUAAAAGGAUGUUGUGAGACAUAAUUAGUAAUUUCAAUGUAUUUUUGCCUUCUUUGAUCCUCUUACUAUUAAUUCUUGUGUUACUGAUAAUUUUUUCCUUAGGUAUUCCUAUGUAAGAUUUGCUUAAAAAGAGUGAGUUUUCCUCCAUUGCUCUGGGAAAUGUGCAGAUUCUUAAUUGAGGUCAACUGGAGAUUCAGCCAAGGAAAGGUGAAAGCACUGGAUUGGAUUAAAUAGGAUAACUUAAAGUGUAAGACUGUCUCUGCCUUGUAAGCAGUUUUGCUGUGGGAUUUAAUAAUCUCAGAAGUCCAAAUACUGGCUAGUAAAGACACUUCUUACUGCUCCUUCUAUGUUGGCCAUGUUUAUUCUUGGCUCUGUAUUGAUCCUUCUUGGUUUUUUUAAUGUUUUCAACAAGAUUUCUGAUUGUGACUGUUUGUAAAGGUAAAAUAAACUUGAAAAUAGAAUGAAGUGCCUUUGUGAUUUAAUUAAGCAAAUCGGAAAGGUAGGGUUCUAUUCUUUAGGUUGUCCCAAUGUUCUUGAGCGCACUUAGUUUUACUUUUCCAAUUCACUUCUCCACUCUUAUGGAACUCUGGCUA